UCGGUUGCAAGAAUUUUCUUUCUUAUGCAUCAUUCACAUUCAUCUGAGACUCGGUUUCGGGCCUCCUCUCGUCGCCCACGCACGCACGACCAAAAGUUCGGUAGUUUCUGCUCUGAUGUGUAUAACUGCGAAAAACUAAAAACUCUCACUGGCGUCGCGCAGGAAGAUAGUAUUGUUGGUCCUCUGGUAGUGGUACUGGCAAAGCAGACCAAAAACGAUUUAAACUUGCUCCCCUAGGAGCGGCGACCUUUUCCAAGAAGUAGCUAGUAGUGCAUAUCUUCAGCUACAAAAAAAACAGGCGCAGUACAACUUGUCCUUCUUGUUUUUCUUGAGGAACAAACAAGAAAAAAAGUAAAACGAUAUACGAUCGAUCGACGUCUCCCUCCGCCGCGCACAGAUUUUCUGUAAAACUCUGGCGCUCCUGUAACUAUUAAAACUUAACUUUUAUUGAAACCAGAACCGCUCUCACUCUUCAAAUUCAAUUUUUAUUAUUGUCGCGUCACGAAAUAGCGAACCAAUACCAAACGAUAGCAAAAAAUCGAACGCUGGCGCUGAAGUCCUGAAUAAACACGCUGUGCAGCUGCUGCUCUCGAACAUCAAGCAACGACCACUAGCCGACCACAGCGAGGGUCGGCCCAGCAAGAAACUCUGUUGAAGCCACCGAAGAUAGCACUAUUUGCCUUUCCAGUUCCAGUGGAAAAAAAUCGAAUGUUGGCUACCACGAAAGAGAAGGCGCCUCGCGGGGUCAUGCUCUCGGCUCUGGCCGUAUUGGGGGCCGCGUACUUUGCGCCCGGCCUUGUGCACGGCGUCACUUUGCGUGCGGGGGCCGGCUCGGCGGCUAAUUCAGAAGAUCCGCAGGUGAUCCGCGAAGAAUGUCGCCCGAGGCUGGUUUUUGUGGAGACUUUUCACACGGAGCUGAAUCAGCUGGCUCCCGUUAAGGACGCGCUGCGUAACUUUUAUGGGUACAACGACACAGCGGAGGUCCCCCAGAAAAAUUUCGCUAAUAUCGACACGUUGAACGGGCUCGGUCUGCCGGCGGGGUCGCCAGACGGGACAUUGGUGGGGGAGUUUUUCGCCCUUUUUGCCCGCUUCCCCUUGCGUGCAGCGGACGGCGCAACGUCUCUCGGAGAGAUGGCCGCUGGUGUCAUAGAGGAAUUUCAGCGCGUGCUGUGGAAGUUAUUUUCCGCCUUCCGCGCCCGAGUCCCAGAGGAAAAAGAGCGACGCCGGAUCGCGCAGCGGCUGCUCGCCGCCUGGGGCGUGCCGUUGCGAAAGAGUCCCCAGGAGGAACGACGCCCCAUCCAUAUCGUGUCGGACUUCCUCUACCCGGGGGCCGCUUUUCUUGGUCUCCUAGCCGAGUUUCUGGAGGACCGCCGCGUCUUCCCGGCGGGCGGCAAGCUGUUUGCGUGGGUGGGCACUCCGUUUCUCGCGGUGACGGUAUUUUCCUGGACGGGCUCGACUGCAGCGGCCGACGCAGCUGCCGUCGCCGACAUGCACAAGUUAAAUUUCGUCGCGCCGACUGGUCCCUAUCUCCCGGGAGGGGGGGACGCCGCCGCCGUCGUCCGGCUCCUGCUCCGUCUGCCCGGAGGCCCGAGCGAGGGGGAAGAGGUUUCGCGCCCCUUCCCGGACUGGUUUCCGGUCGAUCGGAUCUGCGCCGCGCUGCCCUGGUUUCCGCGCGACAACGUGGCGCUGGCGGAAGGUGGGUACGAAAGACUCGUCACAGGGACAGCCGGCGAGCCGGUGCACUCGCUCUUCGCCGGGGACGAUCAGGCGUUUGCGAAGCGGGUGUUCUGGCUGAACACCGGUGCUCCGCCUGCCGGAGCACCGGAAGCUGCAACUGACGUGGCGCCCGAAGUCGCGGAGCUCGAAGCGCUGGCACUUGCCGGCGCAGGAGCCGGGCCCACCACCUCGGGCGCCGCGGCGGGUGCGGGGCAAGUAGUGGUGGCGAAACCUCCGAAGACGCUGGUGCUCGUGGCUUUCGGCACUUUCGCUGGGGUUCCGCUGGUCGGGGGUGGAAACAAGGGAGAACGCCGCCUCCCUUACAAGGAGAUGCUGAAGGACCUGUUGAGUCUCGGCGAGGAGUACGUCGUCGCGGUGCGCGUGAACUAUCCGGAGGGCCAGGCCGAGCGGGAAAACGUCCAAACGCCGGCGGAAAUUUUGGCUGCGCUGACGGAAGAUGGAACUACCGGCCGCGCCACGGUGAAACUGUAUGAGGGGUAUUUUCCGCAAAAGGCACUGCUCGGCGCGCGGUCGGCGCGGGAGAAUCGCCUUAUCUUCGUGUCGCACGGAGGCAUUAGCAGCCUCUCCGAGGCGCUCCGCGCGCGCGUCCCCACGGUGUUGAUGCCCUUGCAGGUGGAGCAACUGGCGAGCGACAAGCUGAUGGUGGCGCACGGGCUCGGGGUGGACGCCUCGCAGGCCGGGGCGAACUACGAAGGGUACAUCGGCGAGCCGAAGGCUUUCCCGCAGAAGUGGGUCUUGCCGGCACAGUACGCGACAGAUGACGCGUCUACAUCUUCCCAGACUGCCGGCUUCGCAAAGAUCUCGGAAGCCGUCGCGGCGGUCGCAGCACGAACGAAGGUGCUCCGGGAGAAUAUCGACGCAUUUGCGACCGAAAUGGAGAAAAAAGCACUUGCUGUCGAAGACUUAGCAGAAAUGCUUGCGACAACUGGAAACGCGCCGCAACUUUAA